AUGCCGGGUCUUAUUGGUAUCGGUGAAUUUAUUGAGGAAACACGAGAAGAUUACAGUUCACCAACUACUUCAACAUUCGUAUCGCGUAUGCCACAAUGUCGUCAGACUAUCAACGCACUAGAAGAAACUCUAGACUUCGAUCGCGAGGGCCUAACCAAAUUGAAAAAGGCGAUCAAGGCUAUACACAACUCCGGAAAUGCUCACGUGGACAACGAGAUGUACCUAUCGAGGGCGCUGGAGCGGCUCGGUGGCAACGCACUCAGCAAGGACUCGGAGCCUGACAUUGGCGCUGCGUUCUUCAAGUUUGCCGUUGUUACCAAGGAAUUGUCCGCGCUUAUGAAAACGUUGAUGCAGAACAUAAACAAUAUAGUGAUGUUCCCAGUGGAUAGUCUGCUUAAGGGUGAUCUCAGGGGAGUCAAGGGUGAUCUUAAAAGGCCAUUCGAUAAAGCAUCCAAAGACUAUGAGUCCAAGUACCUGAAAAUUGAGAAAGAAAAAAAAUCGCAGGCGAAGGAAGCCGGUCUUAUUCGAACCGAGGUAACACCAGCUGAGAUAGCUGAUGAAAUGGAAAAAGAAAGAAGACUGUUCCAGUUACAAAUGUGUGAGUACCUGAUAAAGUUCAACGAAAUAAAGACGAAGAAAGGGAUCGAGCUACUCCAGCACCUAGUGGAGUACUAUCACGCACAAACAAAUUAUUUCCAAGAUGGCUUGAAGACGAUCGAGCAUUUUGGUGUAUACGUUGCGGACUUGAGCGUGCAGUUGCAGAAGAUCAGACAGCAGCAGGACGACGAGCGGCGGAGGUUGCUCGAGCUUAGAAACAUGCUGAGAGCAGCCGCGCCGCAAGACAGAGAGGUUGCAUCAUCAGUCGGCGGUUACUCCCUGCACCAGUUACAAGGGGACAAGCAGCACGGAGUAACUCGAAGUGGCUACCUAUUGAAGAAGUCCGAAGGCAAGGUUCGUCGCGUGUGGCAGAAGCGCCGAUGUCGAGUGGCGGCUGAAGGCUACCUAGAUAUUUUUCACGCUGACGAAAACAAACCACCAGCCAGGGUCAACUUGCUGACUUGUCAGAUUAAAGUAGCGUCAGAAGACAAGAGGGCGUUUGAUCUAGUCUCUUACAACCGUACGUACCAUUUCCAAGCGGAGGACGAGGGCGAGCAGCGCGCGUGGACGUCGGUGCUGGUGAACUGCAAGGAGGGGGCGCUGCUGCGCGCCUUCAACCAGCAGGCGGGCGAUGGCGAGGGCGAGGGGGAGGGCGCCGGCGCCGGGCACUCGCUGCUCGACCUGCAGCGCGCCAUCAUCCGCGCCGUGCGUGCGCUGCCCGGCAACCACGUCUGCGCAGACUGCGGCUCCGCGAACGAUCCUACUUGGCUUUCAACAAACUUCGGUAUUAUAGUGUGCAUAGAAUGUUCUGGGAGCCAUCGAGAGUUGGGUGUACAUAUAUCACGAAUCCAGUCACUCACGCUUGAUAAGUUGAGCACGUCUCAACUGCUGCUGGCGCGGCAUAUGGGAAAUCAGCUCUUCAAUGAAGUCAUGGAAAACACAUUGGAUGAACGAGAUAAACUCACCCCUGAGAGUACGAUGGAGGAGCGGCUGAGGUUCAUCCGCGAGAAGUACGUGUUCCGCGCGUGGGCGGCGCGCACGUGCCGCGACGCGGGCGAGCGCCAGGCCGAGGUGGCGCACGCCGUCAAUAACGCGCAGCUGCACCACCUGCUGCAGGCCUACGCCGAGGGCGCCGACCUGGCCGCGCCGCUGCCACGUUCCGAUUGCGGAGAAACUGCCCUCCACCUUGCCAUAUCUCGGGAGCUCGGUGACGGUUCCUGUUUGCAUAUAGUCGAUUUCCUAGUCCAAAACGGUGGCCCACAGCUACUGGAUAAAACUACAACGUCGGGGAUGACGGCGCUACACUUGUGCGCCAUGUUUGAUAGAACCGAACCUAUGAAACUGCUUCUAAAGGCGGGAGCGGAUAUCUCUAUAAGAGACGGGAGUGGCAGGACAGCUUUACAACUAGCCCGCCAGUUAGGACAUCAUACCUGUCAAGAACUGUUAGAGAGUGUUGACAAAAGAGAAAAAAGCAUUUUCGAAAAUGUCAAUAUAGAUUGGAACCUAUCCCACGAUGAUGGUUCUACAGACUUCUCAGAUGAUGAGACAGUUAUAGACGAGAGGCAUAAUGGCAGCGUGACUCCUGAAAAGAAGUGUCCCCGCUCGCGUCCCCCUUCGUACGCGGGGGGUGCGUGCGGGUCGGGUGCGGGCGGGGGUGGCGGCGGGGGUGCGGGCGGCGGGGACUCGCCCGUGCUGCGCUCGCGCUCCUCCACCUGCGACUCGCUGCACCACGCGCCCCCCACUCCCACCACACUACCCAGGAAGCCCAACGUGUAUAAUAUCGGUAGCUUGAAGAAGCGCGCGGCGCCGCUGCCGCCGACCGUAGCGCUGUCCCACCCGCCUCCUUACCCGCGCUCUACACCGUCGCCCUCUGCUGACAGUACCCGCUCUAUGCAUGUAAAGGAGGUGUGUGGGGCGCUGGUGAAGGCGCGGCCGGCGCAGCCGCCGCCCACGCCGCCGCCGGCCGCGCUGCACAACGGCGCGCACGCACUCCCGCGCGACGAGCCCACGCCGCCGCCCCGCAAGAAGAAAAAUAGAUUGCACCUGGAAAAGGCUGUCAAUGCGAAACUGAAAAGGGAAUGUUCUAGUCAAGAGUCGUCCCUGGAGCUGUGCGACAUGUCGGACGCGUGCCUGGAUGACAGCCGGCCGGCGUUCGAGCGCUCGCGGCGCAGCGACAGCCGCUCGCUCGACGUGUCCGACACCUCCAGCGUUCACUCGCGCUCGCCCUCCGCCUCCAUUACUAUGAUGAGUGGUGGUAUGAGAAGGUGUCGAGCUCUGUACGACUGUUCAGCGGACAAUGAGGACGAGCUUUCUUUCCGAGAGGGAGAGGUCAUUGUCGUCAUUAACGAUCGCACCGAAGACGACAAUUGGAUGGAGGGGCAAGUGGAGGGGACUUCUCGACGCGGCAUGUUCCCAGUCUCUUUCGUUCACAUGCUACCCGACUAA